AUGUCUGCAACUGAGCUAGCUCAAUUGCCGUACAACAGUGACCUCCACAACUGUGUGACAGAUCCACUGCGACAGCGUGGUCUCGGUAUUUGGUUGCUGGAUUUCAACCAGUGCCGGUCACGCGAUGAUCAGAGCUUCGACUGGACGCACCAACUGGUCAAAGCAUUCUUCUUCAAUGACCCUUACUAUCCUAGUCCGGUCUCAGACGACGACGACGAGGAUGCGAAGCUGUGGACUUUGUUCGAGCGCGAGUACCUGGCUGCGAGCAGUGGAUUCACGAAUACCGACGACCCUACCAGAUUCAUAGGGGCUCUGAAAGCCGAGGCAGCAGUUCGGAGAGAAAGAGCAAGGACGUUGGGUCAAGGCUCUCUAUUCACCGCCAUGAUGGUAUAA